UAUGUACACAAACACAUGGGUAGCUACACACCAUAUGCCAAUCACUGAAUCAGUAUUAACCUUCGAUAAUGGAUUAAAAGUUAUUAUUAGUGCCAGUUUGAAAUAAUGUACACAUAAUUUCAUAUACAUUAACAGAUGAUGCUGUUUAUAUAAUAGAAUAUAAUGAAGACGAGAAGAAACGUGUAUAUAAUAACUGCUGUAAUAUACAUGGUUUUAAUUAGAAUAAUAGCUUGUUAUACUGUCGAUCUAUUCUUUAAUUCAAACAACUGUGACGAAUAUGCAAGAAGGCUUCCUGAGGAUAAAAUUUACACUUUAACUUGGUCAGGAAAAACAGAUCCAAAAUUAUGUGCCUUUAACUUUACGGGUGGUGAAGACCACCAUUUUUUAGACUUUACUGUUUGUUUUGAGUCUGAAGAAUUUGACUUUCCAUCAUUUGAUGUAGAACUGGUUGUCACAAAUGCUACCAAGCGAUGGGUUUACGAUAGUUCAGAUGACGAAAUUGACCGUAUAUGUGUUGCCAAAGCUAGGGAUAUGAUGUUUAAGCUUGUCGUAUCAAAGAAUUAUCAAGAGUCGUCGUCCAAACUUAAAUUGAAGAUAACUUCAGAAGUUAAAGUAAAUGUUGCAGACAUUUGGGACCAAGUAGGAAAGGCGAUUAAAGAUAUGAUUCCAGUAGCAAUUGUUGUGAUUAUUCUGCUAUGUGUCGUCAGCAAUAAACGUGCACGGCAGCAAUGCUGUUCUGUUAUAACAAGCGUUAAAGACAAAAUUAUGGGAACGACUGUAAGACCGAGACGUGAUUCCAUAGGGAAUUCCGCUCAUUCUGUUCCUUUACAUGUAGAUGAAACUCGACAAAACUAUAGCCCUAGUGAGCUCGAGACAGCAGUAUUACAAAACAGUCCAGCAGAGCCAGGUGGGUCAGCUAUACCUCAGUCAGACAGUAAACCUGAUGCACCACCUCCUAGCUACGAUGAAGUUGUUAAAAAUCCAGAUUCAAAGAAUGACAUUAGUUAAUAAAUUUCCAGAAAAAUCGAGGAUAUAAAUAUACAUGCAUGUAUUAAAAAUUCUUCAUAAUUAUCAGCCUACCCGUUCUCAUCCUGCGAACUAUGUAUCUACUUUUUAUAGACCACAUUAUCCCCGAAUGCUUUGUGUCUGUUGAUUACUAGUAACUUUUAAAAAAAAUUGAAACAAUUAUAAAAUUGAGCUCAGAUUA